UUCAUGUUUUCUCCGCAUAAAAUGAACUAUUCAAACUUCAUUUAUCGAGUUCAAUAUAUUAAUUACCUAUACCAGUUUUUCGAAAUAUAAUAAAUAAGAUUAGAUAUAAUAUUUCAGCAUAAGUAAUAAUUAAUAUUCCUGCUGGUGAUAUUGGAUGAAAAAAUUGUAUGUUCAUAACUUUCUACUACCCCUGUAUCUGCUACAGACUACCCUGCAGCAUCCAUUUUGAUGACGCAAAUCAGAGAUGGGAUAAAAAUCAAUACUUAUAAAGAUGUAGGGAAGAUUGUAUAGUAAAUUAGUCAGGGUGAGAUAUUUAUAGUAAAAUGCUUAAACUUAGAGUUAGAAGAAGAGCUAUAGAUUGCUACAAGCAACAAAUAUGUUGAACACAAAUCGCAAUUUAUUAUUUAAAGCUAUUAUACUAGCAUUAUGUGUUAUAUCAUUCGUACAUGUUUUUUUAUUUCCCUUAUACGAUAUACAAACCGAAAGGGGACCUGCAAAAACCUACACGGACUUCGAACAGUCACUCUGCAUGAGCAACAUCAAGAAGAAAAGAAUAUGGAGAAUGGGACGCUGUCCGCAGUAUGGGAUAGUAACAAUAAUGCAAGGAGGGCGGCUGGGCAAUCAGAUGUGGGAAUACGCCUCCGUGUGGGCCCUAGCUAGAAGAACAGGCCUAGAACCAUACAUCCCAAGGUGUAUCAAAAUCAAACUAGACCUUGUGUUUGAACAACUAUCAGUACCAACAUUUGAAGAAAUAGGGCAUUGUCCUGUGCAAAUCAAUCAUUUCGUUAAGUCCUUAGAAACAUGGAACUUCACAAAUCAGAGCAUCAUUUUACCAAGAUAUUCCAUACAACCUGAUCUAGUAUUAACAUGGGUCCAAGAUAUCGUUCAAGAAUUUACUAUAAAGAGAAAACUACUAGAUAAAAGUCAACAAAUACUACACAGAGCUAUCAAAACUUCAAACAAGUUAAAUCACAUUUUUGUAGGUGUUCAUGUGAGAAGGACUGAUUAUAUUGGAUAUUUAAAAAGAAAACACAAUAUUCAUCCUGCUGACUAUAACUUUUUCAUAUCUGCGAUGAAGACUUUUGAGAAAAAAUACAGCAAUUGCAUUUUUGUUAUGGUAAGUGAUGAUCCUCUUUGGUGCUGGAAGAAUUUCGGUUUCAAAUCCAACGUGUAUGUUAGUGGAAGAAGGCAGAAAAAUUCGCCAGCACUAGAUAUGGCGAUUUUAGCAUCAUGCAACCACACUAUUUAUGACUACGGCACUUUUGGUGAGUGGGGUGCUAUUCUAGCUGGAGGAGAGACCAUCUACUACAAUCUUAGCCACCAUUCUUCUGCCAGAAUUGGACAACUUAUGAAAAACUGGCAUACCAUAUAACUCAACGAAAAUCAUUCAAAAGGCUGACUUUUACUAAAAAAGAUUCAUGAUUUAUUUUUCUAUUGAACAAAAAUUCUGGUACCUAAUACUAUAGAUUAUUUUUGCAACAAAUUCUGCUGAAAAUUGAGCAUUCAACAAAUAUUUAUCCUUUGAAAAUGUGCCAAAUUGAAAUGACUGUGAAUUUAUUUUCAUAUAACACGUUAUAUAGAGAUUUCUGUAUGUAUUUUCGGGCAGUAUGGAAAUGGGGCAAUUGUAGCAAAAGAGAAAUUCCUAACAAUUUGACUUUAUUUCCAAAAAUGGAGUUCAAAACUCAUUUCUUUCUACGUCAUUAUUAAAAAAAAGACGACUCUGUAGUUUGACUAUUUCCAUAAAGCCCCGUGUAUAGCUGUAUAUAUGUCUAUACCUAAAUAUCCUAAAUAUAUUUUAUCUAAUCUUGUCUUUAUUAUUAAUUUUCAUUCUCUAAUGUGGAAUGAAAAUGUUCAUUUUAUGUAACUUUCUAAGAGAAAUCUAUAUAUUGUUAAUUUUGUACUAAUAGUAUGUGCCAAAUUUACUGUGCUUCGAUACUAUACAACUGUGAUCUACUUUUAUUUACUGUAAAUUGUUUUUUCAUAAAUAAAAUAUGAAUAGAUUGUU